AUGGCCAAGAAACGCACUACGACUGCCUCGUCGCCCUGUUGGUACAUGCCAAUUACCCUGGCUUGGAUCUUUCUCUUGAUCCAGACGUCAUCGUUCGUGCAUGGCCUCGCCAUCUCUUCCGCUACUGAUCAGAAACCCAGAGCAGCUUUCGUCUCCCUCGCCCAUGAGAACGAUCUGUCUGCGCUCCUGUCGUCCACCUCCCAACUGGAAGAGACAUUCAACUACCGAUACCAAUACCACUGGAUCUUCUUCAGCACUCAACCCCUGAGCGAAGAGUUCAGGCAGCAGACUUCGAACGCAACCGGUGCUGUUUGCUUCUACGAAGUCAUUUCUGAAGAUAAAUUGGCAUCUCCAAAACAGCCAGCGGCGUUCAACACGCUAUCCCCGGCUCAGACUGGCGAACAUGUCUCCGGAAUUGGCCGACAGGUGCAAUCCCUUGACCAGAUAUCUCGCUGGAACUCGGGACCGUUUGCCAGUGAGAAUCGGUUGAGAGAUUACGACUGGAUUUGGAGAAUUGAGCCAGGCGCUCAAUUUACCCAUGACAUUACGUUUGACGUGUUCCGCUUUAUGCGAGAUCACGAGAUUGCUUACGGCUUUAACGAGGCCUUGCUGGACAAGGACGAGAUACGGACUCAUUCACGACCAGUGAUUUCCUUCAUCGACAAACACCCAGAUUUGCUGCACGCAGACGCGGAUUUGUCGUGGCUCCUGAAUUGUAACGAUGGGUCGACUGCAGCAAAGAUUCGGGGCAAUGAGUUUGGAGGCCGCCAUCGUACUGGCAGCUGGUGGACUGACUUGAUCAGCCUGAUGAUGCAGGGCAGUCUCGAUCGAAUGUCGCCGACGUUUGACAUUGGGUCUCUAUCGUUCUUUCGAAGCCAAAGCCAUCAAGAUCUUUUCAACCACCUGGAUGCCGCUGGCGACUUUACCAGACAACCGCUACGAGACAUGGCCGUGCCCACCAUCAGUGCCAGCAUGUUUCUUCCCCAGAAGAGCGUGUGGAACUAUCGCAAAAGGGAUGCGCGACAUGCAUACCGGCCGAGUCUUCCCGAGCACACGCAAAAGCCGAAACUAAAAGUGUUUGAGCACAACUUGGGGUUUAAUCUCAGAGGCCGGAACCGGAUGGUUGGACCGCAGAGUCGGGAUAGCAUCCGGGAACAAGAGAGGAACCCUAAAGAGAGCAUGGCCGAGUACUUUGCGCUCUGGAGUCUCAUGGCUCAAGAUCUCAGCAGACAGGAUGCUAUCCCCGGCCUGCAGUCUGGGCACACGGUGAUUGACGAGAGGAAUUUUUCACUGGGCUCCAAAAGGUCGUCGACUGGCUAG